AUGUCUGCUCUGACGCCUCAAAGCGACAUGCCAACCCCCACCACAGACAAGAUCACUCAGGCUGCCAUGGAGACCAUCUAUCUUUGCAAAUUCCGAGUGUCGAUGGAUGGAGAAUGGCUCUGCUUGCGUGAGCUGGAUGACAUCUCGCUGACACCUGACCCAGAGCCUACCCACGAAGACUCUUGGGAGGAUUUGACAGAUGUGGUGGAGCAAUUGCGUGAUGAUACUGAAGAUCCUAACUAUCUCAUGGCUAAUGAACGCAUGAACCUGAUGAACAUGGCGAAACUGAGUAUCAAGGGGUUGAUCGAAUCAGCACUUAAUCUGGGCAGGACGCUGGACUCUGACUACGCACCUCUCCAGCAGUUCUUCGUUGUGAUGGAACAUUGCCUUAAGCAUGGCCUGAAAGCCAAAAAGACAUUUCUUGGGCAAAACAAGUCAUUUUGGGGACCUCUAGAACUAGUAGAAAAACUUGUUCCUGAAGCUGCAGAAAUUACAGCAAGCGUUAAGGAUCUCCCAGGGCUGAAGACUCCUGUGGGUAGAGGAAGAGCUUGGCUUCGCCUGGCUCUGAUGCAGAAGAAGCUUUCUGAAUACAUGAAAGCCUUGAUUAACAGAAAGGAUCUUCUCAGUGAAUUUUAUGAGCCUAAUGCACUGAUGAUGGAAGAAGAAGGUGCGAUCAUUGCUGGUCUCCUAGUAGGUUUGAAUGUCAUCGAUGCCAACUUCUGCAUGAAGGGAGAAGACCUGGACUCUCAGGUUGGGGUUAUUGAUUUCUCAAUGUAUUUGAAAGAUGGGAACAGCACAAAAGGCAGUGAAGGAGAUGGUCAGAUAACUGCUAUUUUGGAUCAGAAGAACUAUGUAGAAGAGCUCAAUAGGCAUUUAAGUGCUACGGUGAACAACCUGCAGGCCAAGGUGGAUGCCUUAGAAAAAUCCAACACUAAACUGACCGAGGAGCUUGCAGUUGCAAACAACAGGAUUAUUACACUGCAAGAAGAGAUGGAACGGGUUAAAGAAGAAAGCUCUUACAUCUUAGAGUCCAGUCGUAAGGUUGGUGUCACUAAAGACAGAACUGCUGAUGGACAUGCACUGACUGAGGCACGAAAACAGUUAAAGGAGGAGACUCAGCUGCGGCUGGAUGUGGAGAAAGAGCUGGAGGCACAGAUCGGGAUGCGGCAGGAGAUGGAGCUAGCCAUGAAGAUGCUGGAGAAAGAUGUUUGUGAGAAGCAGGAUGCGCUGGUGGCGCUCAGGCAGCAGCUGGAUGAUCUCAGGGCCCUAAAGCAUGAACUGUCUUUCAAGCUGCAGAGUUCAGACAUGGGAGUGAAACAGAAGAGCGAAUUAAACAGCCGUUUGGAAGAAAAAACAAAUCAGAUGGCUGCCACCAUCAAACAGCUUGAACAAAGUGAAAAGGAUUUGGUGAAACAGGCAAAAACCUUAAAUAGUGCAGCAAACAAACUGAUCCAGAAGCAUCAUUAGACAUUUUUAUGUCUGGUCACCUCACAGCUCUGACAUCAGAACUCCUUUAUGAGGGGAGAACUUGCAAAUUGCUAAAAGCAACUGUUAAAAUGUUAAUUGUCACCUAAAGUUGGUUUGGAAUUUGCUGAAUUUUUAAAAUCAGUGAGGUUUUUUUCAAAGAUUUAAAGUCGGGUAUAAAAAUCCCUAACUUUGCCCUUUAAACCAUGUAAAAGUACCAAUGAGUUGGCCAAUGAACACACCAGGAAAGCAUAAGGAAUGGGAGAUCUGUGGCUCUGUACACCCUGGUGAUGCAUACCAUAUACAGAAGCGCAAGUCUUCAACCGUUACGGAUUCUAGGCGUGUUGGUCAAGCCACUGUCAGAUUGGCCAGCUCUGAGAAGUCAAAUAGUUUUCUGUGUUCCCCUUUCUGUGAAGUAGAUGAAAAAAUGCAUCCCUGGAAGUUGUUGAAAGUAGUUGUGUGCGUAGCCCAAGCCGUUCCCUGUUCACUUCUGUUGUGUGGGUUCAGCCCCAAGU